UUGAUGUUACAUUACGUAGCAAAGCGUGUGUGUGACAUUUGCUGCAAGAAGCUAGUUGAUGAUAAGCUGACCGGAUAAAGAUGAGCUUGUGAAAGCAAUAGAAUUUUUUUUAGCCUUUUAACAACUGAGCUGACGUUGGGGUUGCACUCAUAGACUGGUUGCACUCUGUUUUCGUAGCCACAUUAGAGAAAACAGUUUAAGUGAAAUGUAGCGUAAGGUAAAACUUGUUGUCUAGCUAAACACGUUAAAUAGCACGCUAACGCAUUUUCUUAACUUAUAACGUUACUGGAAGUGUCCGGGUUUAAGUGUUGUUCCGAUUUGUUCUUCAGAGAUGUUAAUACUAAUACUUUAAUUUCGUUUUAUUUCUAUUACAGUAUGGGUGGACGUUAGCGCAUAUUAGCCGACUUUGCUAACUGCCUUUUGCACACAAGGUUAUAAUUAGCUUUAGCCAGCUAGCUCUUCACUCCCCUUUUGCUGCAGCUUUCUCACUUUCACAUGCUGCUGACUUAUCAGGACCGGUGUGCUGAAAGCAGGCCAGGUGUGGUGUCAGAUAGAUAGGGUAGGCAACUUAUUCACGGUGCUCACAGAGUAGUACUGUCCUACAGUGUACUUCAGGGAUUUUUGUUACUUUAGUGGAGCCAAAGGUGGGAAAAUGCUGCUUUCCUUUGUUGUGCACACAUACUCGCUGCGGUACUGGUUUCCAGCCACAGUUAUGCUGGGAACAGCCCCAGUUUAUCUGCUGUCAUGGGGGACAUGGCGCUUACUCUCAACCGUCUUACCAGCGAGGGUGUAUCACAGGUUGGACGACCGGUUGUACUCAGUGUACCAAAGUAUGGUCCUGUUCUUUUUUGAAAACUACACAGGAGUUGAGAUUGUUAUAUAUGGAGAUAUACCAAAGAACAAGGAGAAUGUGAUCUACCUGUCUAAUCACCAAUGUACAGCUGACUGGAUCAUUGCUGACAUGCUCGCCAUGAGGCAGAGUGCCCUCGGCCAUGUCAGGUACGUCCUUAAAGAUGGACUCAAAUGGCUCCCGCUGUACGGAUGGUAUUUCUCUCAGCAUGGAGGUGCCUAUGUGAAACGAAGUGCAAAGUUUAAUGAAAUGGCGAUGAAGAAGAAGCUCUUCACUCAGGCUCAGUGUGGUGCACCAAUGUACCUUGUCAUCUUUCCAGAAGGAACUCGGUAUAAUCCAGAGCUCAAGAACGUUAUCGCUGACAGUCAGGCUUUUGCUACAAAAGAAGGACUGGCUGUUUUGAAACACACACUUACACCCAGAAUGAAGGCUUCUCACAUAGCCUUCGAGGCCAUGCAGGACCACCUGGACGCUGUGUAUGACGUCACAGUGGCCUACGAGGGAACGCUGGACGCCUCUGGUCAAAGAAAACCUGCGCCAUCAAUGCCAGAAUUCCUGUGCAAAGAAUGUCCCCGAGUCCACAUACACUUUGACCGCGUGGACAUAAAGGAAAUUCCUCCAGAGCCACUGUUUUUCCGCAGGUGGCUGCACGAGCGGUUUGAAAUCAAGGACCGGCUGCUGACGGAUUUCUACGAGUCAGAGGACGGAGACAAAAUAUGCAAGUUCCCUGGGGAAGGCAAACAUUUGCCUCUGAACCUUUCUAAAACCCUCCCAUCAGUGAUGAUCUUGGGGGGGCUGACACUGCCACUACUGCUGACGGAGAACGGCAGGAAACUGUACGUGAGGACCUGGGUGUACGGGACACUGCUGGGCUGGCUGUGGGUGAACGCUUUUCCUUAACGAACAGGGCAGAGGUUGCCACGAUGAGACGUGCAAAAGACAAGGAGAGACAUAGCCAUUUUCCUGUAUCACAACAACACAAAGUGUGUUCCAGAUGCAGAGCAGUAUCUGAUAAGAGGAUCAGAGAUUUAACCUAUGUGUCUGGCUCACUGUUGACCUUGAGCUGAAAGCUGAAUGGAGAUACAGAGUAAUAUUAAGCUUUUUGUGCUAUUUGCUCCCUUGCGUUAUUUAGAUUUGCAGCCUAAAAUGAUAAGAAAACAUGAGUGGAUUUGGUGAAAGGUAUUCUCAAAAAUGCCCCUUGUUAUCUAAUAUGAAAUACAAAUAGCUAUAUACCUCUUAAAGUAAUUCCCCCCCCCCCAUUUAGUCUAAUCAGUAUUAAUGCAUGCUCACUUUCCCGUCAAACACUGGCCAGUUUAAAAGCUCUGAUAUGACAUAUAACAAUGAAAAAAGUGUUGAUGAUAGAUUAUUAUUUUUUAAAUGCACUGAGUCAUUGGCAUUGGUUAUGUUAUUACGCCAAGUCCCAUGUUAGAAAGUUUAUGCACUUUGCUUAUUUAGAGUGAUGUUUUUACGUUUAGAACAAAAUAAACAGCAUAUAGUCUUCUUUUGGGGCUCAUAAACAUGACACCAGCUGCAUUGUUUACCAUAAAUAGUCAUUUGACAUCAAUUUAUUUUAUAUACUGAUAAUGAAUGUAGCUUUAAAACUCAUUUAUGCAAAUAUGAAAGUGAAUGUUUUUUUUUCAAUUUCCAACACCCGAGAUAUUGAUUUUACUAUUAAUGAUAUCCAUAAAAAAAUCUAUCUAUUGUACAUUUUUUAGUCUAUUCUACCAAUAAAUAUUGCUUUCAUCUCAAUGUCAAUCAUUGCCAAAACCUGGUGGUCUAAAUGUGUUUGAAGUUGAGCAAUACUAGUUUAAUGCCAGCCCAGAUGACCGCAAAGAAACUUGAUGCCUUUUUUUUGUCGGCUUAAAUACAUUAGAACUUGAUUUUUUUAAUAUAUACAGUAUAUAAUGGUAUAUUCACAGUUCCAUCACUUUUAUAUACAUUUGUUACUUUGAAUACCAUGUUACAGCUCACACAAGUAUCUACCUAGCAAAAAGCUGACAAAGCCAUGUUAAGAGUAUAUCACAGGUUCCUGUGAACUCAAAGCCAUUUAUAUCAUAAAUGUCCCUGUGUUAUGAAAUUCACUCUCUGUCCUCUGUUAUUGUUUACUGUAUUGCGACCAUUGCAUUUUCCCACGAGUCACUUUAUAUGUUUGCUGUCUCGUCCUUUUCUGGAGUUACUCUGUGAAAGUAAAUCUCAUAGUUUUUACAUGUUGCUCCAAUACCUCACUUGAAUAAGGCUUUCUUGUUCUUAAAUGACUGUUGUCAGUCAUUUUAUAGUCAUUUUUUUAUCCUGACAAGAUCUGACUAACUCAUGCAGAAAACUAUGUAGACAGUAUUUAAUGCCAACUGGUUUUGGAAAUGUGUGCCUUCUCUAUGGAAGAGAUGGUCCUCAGCCCUAGUCACCACUAGGUGACUGCACGGAAGUGCUCUGCUGGAGCAUGUGGUCACAUUGUACACAGUUUUUAGUGGCUUAUUUUGCUCAAAGAAUGCAUUGAUUUACACUUUUUGAGGACUCUUAUUAAACGAUGGAACCUUUUAUGUAUGUAAGUUCUGGACAUGGGUUGGUCAGAGUGAAAUAAAGUGGUUUUCUUUGGGGAGUCAA